AUGGAUUCAAUUCAUGAAGGUUAUCCUGAUGCAGCAACAGGAGAUACUACUUCUCAACCUUUAAAAGGCAUAAUUGUUUGCUGUACUAAUGUGUCGGAUGAAAAGCGUGCAGAAUUAAUUGCUCAGGCAGAACAAAUGGGUGCCAAUGUUCGAGCUGAUCUCACAGUCGAAGUUACCCACCUUGUCGUUGGACAUUGGGAUAGCCCAAAAUAUCAUUAUGCUGCCCGAUUUCGACCAGAUAUUCGACCAAUGACUAUGGAUUGGAUUGCGACGGUUCGGAACCUUUGGGUAAACGAUCAUGAUAUAGAUAUGGAUUUAUUGGAACGACAACAUACGCUACCUACACUCACUUCCCUCAGAAUUAGCUUGACGGGGUGCGAUGACACGGCCGAGAGACAGGAUAUUGCGGAGAAGAUCAAAGCAAAUGGGGGGGAAUAUGAUGGGAAUUUGACCAAGCAAAUUACACAUCUGAUAUCAUUUCGAACGGAAGGCAACAAAUACAAGGCAGCAAAAAGUUGGGGCUUACGGAUAGUUUCUGCUGAGUGGUUAUUGGAUAGUUUGGAAAGAGGAAUGAUUUUGAAUGAGAAAUACUAUGAUCCUUCUUUACCAAUAGAAGAAAGGGGAAAAGGUUCUUGGGAUAAAAAUAAGCCGAGGAUAAAUUCAUCGAAAAAGAGGGCCAGGGAACAAACUCUGUCUGGUAUCGAAGAGGGCAAGAGGAAAUUACGCAGGACUGCGAGUACAAAGUUGAACACCCAGAGUCAAAGUAUAUGGGGAGAUAUUGUUGGUAGUGGUAAUAAGAUUCAGGUGUCGAGAAGCGGGAUUUGGGAUACCUGUGACAGCUUUGGGCCAGCAGAAAAAGAACAAUCCGAGAAAAGCAAAGAGGUAACACCACCGGAAGCUAAAACCCUUGACCUUGUUCAGGAACCGAACCAACCAGUGGGUGGCAUAUUCUAUGAGUGUCGAUUUUGGACUCACGGGUUUUCCGCUAAGCAUACACAAAUACUGGGAAAUCAUCUAGUUGCAAAUGAUGGUAAAGUGCUUCAGAAUGAGUCUGACCUAAGUGCUCCGAACGCAAGGAAAUGGACUUAUGUGAUCGUUCCAUCUCAUCUCCCAUCCUCAAAAUAUCCCAAUUUAAGCUCAGAGGUUGAGAUAAUUACGGACUGGUGGGUCGAACGAUGUUUGCACCUGAAAAAAUACCUUGAACCAGACGAACACGUUCUGGGAAGACCAUUUCCUAAGUUUCCUAUAGAAGGGUUCAGUGAUUUGAAAAUCUCAUCCGCAGCAUUCACCGGCAUUGAUAUUCUUCACGUGAAGAGAACCACCGAAUUACUCGGAGGUACAUAUAGUGAAGACAUGACUCCACAAUCCUCAGUUCUCGUUACAAAAUCUUUAGUAAGUCUUCGGAAAGACAAGCUAGAGCACGCUCAAGAAUGGAAAAUUCCAAUUGUUACAGCCGAUUGGCUUUGGGAUUCUAUCAAGUCAGGAACCAAAUUACCAUUCGCCAAAUACAGAUACAGAGCCAAGAAACAACCAGCUUCAGCACCUAUCUCGAAAAAGGAAUCAAAACAAAGACACGUUGGCAACCCCGAAGGAACAAGUAACGAAGACACAGGCUCAAAAUCUAGAUCAAGUACACUCCCCUCGCGGUCUUCAUCUAAGCCAAUCCGCAUUGCUCCUCUAGAUGAGAGCGCAUUUGCACCAUUAGAAACAAAUUCUACCCCAAUAAAAGAAGAACAAUAUUCAGUGCCACUCCCUAUUCACCUCGAACCCGAAUCAUCAGAACUUACGCCUCCACCUCCUUCGAAGCCGGAACCUCUUUUUGAAAUUCCUCUCAAUUCACACUCCGCAAAUCCUACCCCUACAACCAAUCUCCAUCCCUCCACUACCUCGGAAAUCCCCGAACAAAAAUCCAUUGACAUCAGCUCCCUCCUAGCCAAAACAAAGCGACCUUCCUGUUCUUCAGUUUCUAUCUCAAAUGCCAAAGCUAUCACCACCGAUCAGAAUUCUAAUCGACCUCGCCAACCUCGCGGCAAAGCAAUCAUGGGACGUGCCCUAUCCAACGUCUCCACCGCUUCGCUCGCCUCAUCUGUGGAUUCCACUGCUACCAGUGGCCCUGCAGUAAUAUACCCUCGCCCACAAGAAUUAUCUAAUCAAAAUCAUGAAAGUCAAGACGAAAUGAACAAAUUCAUGAAUCUCCAAGGUGAACGCGAAAAACUUGCAAAGGAAAUUCCUCCAGCAACACAAUUAGGUUAUAGUGAUAAAGAAGGUGAGGAGUAUAGAAUGAUGGUUCAAGGAAUCAUGGAGGGAAAGGAAAAGGAAACGAUCGAAAAGGAAAUGAGUAUGGAAAGGAGGAGGGACAAGAACGAGUGGGAGGAUUAG